AUGAAGAACAUCUGGAGUUUGAGCCGCACAUCUGCUUGCUCGCCGAGUGGGGGCGGCCCCGUGCGGCCCCGCCCCCCCGGCCGGUGCCCGCCCCCCUGCGGGCUCCUCAACACAAACUUUCCGUCCCGCUCACUCCCUCCUCCGCGCCCGGCGCCUCCCGCUCCUGCCCUGCUCAUUCCGCACAUUCCGGCCAGCCCCCUCCCCACGACCCCCCUUCCCGGCCCCCCUCUCAGCUCCCUCGGGCCCGGCAGAGCGGCCCGGCCGGAGCGCCCCCGCGAGCUCGGACCAGGCUCAGGCUGCCCGGUGGGCUCAGGCCCAGAGCCCAGAGUAACCAGCACAAUAGCGUCCAACAGCUGGAACGCCAGCAGCAGCCCCGGGGAGGCCCGGGAGGAUGGGCCCGAGGGCCUGGACAAGGGGCUGGACAACGACGCGGAGGGCGUGUGGAGCCCGGACAUCGAGCAGAGCUUCCAGGAGGCCCUGGCCAUCUACCCGCCCUGCGGCCGGCGCAAGAUCAUCCUGUCGGACGAGGGCAAGAUGUACGGUCGGAAUGAGUUGAUCGCACGCUAUAUUAAGUUGAGGACGGGGAAGACUCGCACGAGAAAACAGGUGUCCAGCCACAUACAGGUUCUAGCUCGGAAGAAGGUGCGGGAGUACCAGGUUGGCAUCAAGGUCUCUAGCCACUUGCAGGUUCUAGCCAGGCGGAAAUCUCGGGAGAUUCAGUCCAAGCUGAAGGCCAUGAACCUGGACCAGGUCUCCAAGGACAAAGCCCUCCAGAGCAUGGCGUCCAUGUCCUCCGCCCAGAUUGUCUCCGCCAGUGUCCUACAGAACAAGUUCAGCCCACCCUCCCCUCUGCCCCAGGCCGUCUUCUCCACUUCCUCACGGUUCUGGAGCAGCCCCCCUCUCCUGGGACAGCAGCCUGGACCCUCUCAGGACAUCAAGCCCUUCGCACAGCCAGCCUACCCCAUCCAGCCGCCCCUGCCGCCGACGCUCAGCAGUUACGAGCCCCUGGCCCCACCCCCCCCAGCUGCUGCCUCCGUGCCCGUGUGGCAGGACCGCACCAUUGCCUCCUCCCGGCUGCGGCUCCUCGAGUAUUCCGCCUUUGUGGAGGUGCAGCGAGACCCUGACACGUACAGCAAACACCUGUUUGUGCACAUCGGCCAGACGAACCCCGCCUUCUCAGACCCACCCCUGGAGGCAGUCGAUGUGCGUCAGAUCUAUGACAAGUUUCCCGAGAAAAAGGGUGGACUGAAGGAGCUCUAUGAGAAGGGGCCCCCUAAUGCCUUCUUCCUCGUCAAGUUCUGGGCCGACCUCAACAGCACUAUCCAGGAGGGCCCGGGAGCCUUCUAUGGGGUCAGCUCCCAGUACAGCUCAGCCGAUAGCAUGACCAUCAGUGUCUCCACCAAGGUGUGCUCCUUUGGCAAGCAGGUGGUGGAGAAGGUGGAGACCGAGUACGCCAGGCUAGAGAAUGGGCGCUUUGUGUACCGCAUCCACCGCUCACCCAUGUGCGAGUACAUGAUCAACUUCAUCCACAAGCUGAAACACCUGCCUGAGAAGUACAUGAUGAACAGUGUCCUGGAGAACUUCACCAUCCUGCAGGUGGUCACAAGCCGUGACUCCCAGGAGACCCUGCUCGUCAUUGCUUUCGUCUUUGAAGUCUCCACCAGCGAGCAUGGGGCCCAGCACCACGUCUACAAGCUUGUCAAAGACUAGGGUGCCCUCUGGCCCUACCAGCAGGAUCCAGGACGAGCAUCUUCACACACCUGCCUGGCACCCCCGGGGGUCCAGGAUUGAGGAUUCAUCUGCCUGCCAGGCCUCAGACCCAGGACCCAGGAGGCCUCCCCACCUACCCCAGCACACACACUCCCUGUCACUGUUCUGCGCUUUAAUUGUGGGAGAAGAGAGGGGGAGGCUCAGCCGUGGGGCAGCCUGGCUGCGACACCGCGCCACCAUCACCUGGUUCUGCCCAGCCUCGAAGGAAUGGGAGGACACCUUUGGGCUCAGGGGUGUGUGGCCACUGGCCCCUCAGGGGAGUGUGACGGUGGGUAAAUGUCGAGUGGAGGGGAGGCCGAGGAGAGAGCCCAGGAAGGAGCAUGUCAAGUUGCAGUUGGGUUGAGAAGAGAGAGGGGCCCACACUUCCUUUCCAUCUGCUGUGUGCCAGGCGCCUUGCAGGCUUCAUGCCAUCCUUAGACCCUGCAAGGCAAGCGUGGGUCUCAGUGUCUCAGAUGAGGUGCUGAGGAACCCGUGGGGGUGAUGGGCAGAGUGGGAAUUCUCACCCAGGGCCGCCUGUCCCCAGAGCCCAGGUUUACACUACCUCCCUGCAGCAGGACGGGUCCCAGGGGGUGGGAGAGGGGCUCUGUGCUGAGAGGCUGGGGCCUGCUGGGCUGGGGGGCCCCUGGCUCGGGAGCAGCUGCUUCUGAUCAGGCCGGAAAGGAAGCAGCAGGUACUCACUCGGCACCUGUUGGGCGCCCUCUAUCAGCCAGCAAUCCAGCUAGGGGCGGAAGGAGCCCCCUGCGCCCACCUCCCCCACGCUGCCCUUGCCCAGAUCCUUGGCCUAACGCCCCAGCAGCCUCCUGAUGGAAGAAGGCCCCAGGGAGCAAGCCAGCCUCAGAGAGAGGCUGGGGGGUCAGGGAGGAAAAUGGAGUCCCAGCCUCUGGGCAUACCAGUGGCCUGGGGACAGCGGGCAGCAAAAAGCUUCGAUAUUUUCUCUUGCCCAAGACUUGGGUUUGGUGAACCCUUGGUGGGCGCCACUCCCUUCUGUCCUUCCCCACGUCAGCCUCCCUGCCUGGAGCAGCAGGUCCCAGGCCCAGUUCUAGGACUGAAGGUUAACCCUUCUCCGGCUGCCCCGUCCCAACACCCAGGCCCCUCCGCUGGCUUGGCCUGUCCACCAGCCGCCCCUGGGUAUUUAUGUUUCAUAUGAAGUACUGUGCCACUUCCCUUCCUAACCCGCCCCACCCUGCCCGAGCUUCCUGAAGGUCCUCACCGUGCGUAUCGCUCAGGCCACCUCCAAGCCCAACCUAGGUUUUAUAAUGUAUAUUAUAUAUUUUUUGUGUAUUUUUUAAAUCCAGCUGUGAUGGGUUAUAUCAUAAAUGUGGCGCGGGGCUGGGGCAGGCGCCCUCAAGGCCCAGUUCCUACUCAAAAAGAAAAAAGAAAAAAAAAAUUAAAGUUAUUUGUUUGUGGGUUAGUCGUGUGACCAGUUGUGUGCCAGACCUCUGGAUUGGAACAGCUUCAGGGGGACGCUUCCCCUAAGUUAGGUCCUGGUGUGUCAACCCACCCCACCUUGGAUUUGCUGGAGCCCGAAGCCCUACCCAUACCCAACACAGCUAUGAUUCAAGGGUCCCAUGAAAGCUUUCCAACCCCAACCUUUCCCCAAGCCCCUCCUGCCAGACAUGAGC